CAGACUGCUUCAGCUGAGGCUACAUGCAAACUGAAGGCCAAGUUCAACCUGAGCGGUUACAAGGAUGUGGAAAAGAAGAAGGUGGUCGUUGGGGGGAUGUUUCCUGUACACAAGCGUAUCUUAUCCAGUGAUGGCAACACUUCAAGGGUGCCUGUGUCCUCAGGGUGUGAGGGCUUUAACUUCCGUACAUUCCGCUGGACCCAGACCAUGCUGUUUGCUAUCAAUGAAAUUAACAACAGGGAUGACCUGCUGCCCAACACCGACCUGGGCUACGUCAUCUACGACUCCUGUUUUACCAUCUCUAAGGCUGUGGAGGGCACCCUCACCUACCUGACAGGCCAAGACGAGGCUGUACCCAAUUACCGCUGUGGCUCUGGGGCACCUCUGGCUGCUCUAGUGGGUGCUGGAGGCUCUGACCUGUCCAUCGCCACUGCCAGGAUACUGGGACUCUAUCACUUCCCGCAGGUCAGCUACUGUUCAUCAUGCUCUGCCCUGGAGAGUAAGUUCCAGUUCCCCACCUUCCUGAGGACAAUCCCCAAUGACAAACACCAGUCUAAUGCCAUGGCCCAGCUGGUGCUCCAUUUCGGCUGGACUUGGGUUGGCACCAUAGCUGCUGACGAUGAUUAUGGCAAAUAUGGCAUCAAAGACUUCAAGGAGAAGGUAGAAGAGGCUGGUGUGUGCAUCUCCUUUUCUGAAACCCUGCCCAAGGUGAGUUCUCCCGAGAGCAUCCAGCGUAUUGUUGAGACCGUAGUUGAGUCCACAGCCAACAUCAUCGUGGUCUUCUCAUCAGAUGUAGACCUCAGUCCGCUCAUCCUGGAGCUGCUCCAUCACAAUGUGACCAACCGCACCUGGAUCGCCAGUGAGGCCUGGGUCACCUCUGCCCUCAUUAACCAACCUGGGGUGGACUCAUUGCUGGGUGGCACCCUUGGCUUUGGGUUGAAAAGGGCAGACAUCCCUGGUCUUGAGCGCCAUCUACUGGAUCUGGACCCCUAUGCCGACCCUCUCACCGAGGAAUUCUGGGGGACGUUGUUUAACUGCACAUUGGACUACGGCAGAGCUCUCCGGCAGUCCAAACAGAGGGCCAGGGAGGUUAAUGGGACACAAUCUAGGGCGGUGAAGGGGGCUGUUGAUGGGCUGUGCACAGGAAGAGAGUCUCUGGCAAAGCUCAACAACACGUACUCUGACAUCUCCCAGUUGCGAAUUACUUACAGUGUGUACAAAGCUGUGUAUGCUGUUGCCUAUGCCUUGCACAAUCUGGAGCACUGUGAGCCUGGAAAGGGGCCAUUCAGUGGGAAAACCUGUGCUGACAUCACCAACUUUGAGCCAUGGCAGCUGAUGUAUUACCUGAAGAACGUCAAUUUUAAAGUGCCGAACACAGAUGAGGAGAUCUACUUUACUAAUGGGGAUGUGGGGGGCCUCUAUGACAUCAUUAACUGGCAUGUUAAUAGUAAUGGAGAAAUAUCGUAUGUUACUGUGGGACACUACAAUGGCUCAGCUGUCACAGAGGACAUGAUGAUCAUAAAGAACGACUCCAUUGUGUGGAACAAUGAGGUGUUGGAGCCUCCUCGGUCAGUGUGCAGUGAAAAUUGUAAGCCCGGAACCAGGAAAGGGAUCCGGCAGGGAGAGCCAGUCUGCUGCUUUGACUGUAUCCCGUGUGCUGACGGCGAGAUCAGCAACAAAACAAAUGCCCGUGAAUGUGUUCUGUGCCCCGAGGACUACUGGUCCAAUGAUGCUCACGACACCUGCGUACACAAAAUCAUUGAGUUCCUGGCCUUUGGAGAGCCACUAGGGAUCACUCUCAUUGUCAUCUCUGCCUUUGGAGCUCUAGUCACCAUCGGUGUUAUGGUGGUGUUUAUCGUGCACCUUGGCACUCCUCUGGUGAAAGCCAACGAUGCUCUGUUGAGUUUCUCGUUGCUCUUUUCACUAGUGGUGACCUUCCUCAGCUCUAUCGUCUUCCUCGGAGAGCCUCAGAAGUGGAGCUGCAUGACCAGCCAAGUAGCGCUAGCUCUGGGCUUUGCACUCUGCCUCUCCUCCAUCAUGGGAAAAGCGGCAGUGUUGAUGAUGAGAGCCCAGGUUCUGAAAGCGGCCCGCAAUAGAGCCAAAGCAGCUGCCAAAGCUGCAAAGGCUGCAGCUGAGGCAGCGGCCAACAGUGGCAGUCCUGAUGUCAUUGUAACCAACACAAACAACAACAAUGAUGCCAAUGCCAGUGUUAACCCUGAAGUCGACACUCUCACCUUUGCCCACCAGAGGGCGAUAGCUUCUGUGGCAACAUUAAUACAGGCUGUAGCAUGCACAGUGUGGCUCAUCAUCCUCCCUCCACACCCUGUCAAAAACACCUCCUCCCAGAACAUAAAGAUCAUCCUUGAGUGUGACGAAGGCUCUGUGAUCUUCAUCUGUUGCAUCUUUGGCUACGACAUCCUGCUGGCUCUGCUGGCCUUCAUCUUAGCCUUCAUAGCCCGGAAACUGGAGGACAACUUCAGUGAGGGGAAGAGUAUGACCUUCGGCAUGCUGGUCUUCUUUAUCGUGUGGAUCUCCUUUGUCCCGGCUUACCUCAGCACACGUGGCAAGUUCAUGGUGGCCGUCCAGAUUUUUGCCAUCCUGGCUUCCAGCUUCGGCCUGCUGACCUGCAUCUUCCUGCCCAAGUGUUACGUUCUUUUGGUCAAACCCGAAAACAACAAGGAGGAGAUGUUGAGGCCCCACACCAAACCACGUGACGGGACCUCGACUGGGACCUCAGCUUCACUCAAUACAGCUGUUACUGAGGUCAAUACCAUUCAUGAUUAG